AUGCCUAAUUUUAUAUUUCCCUUGCUCUACAGAAACAGGACCCUUCAGAAUCAUGUUGUCUAAACCAUAAUUGCGAAUGAUAAUGUUUUGGUGACUGCUGGCCAGCAUGGAGACAUUGUAAUUUGGAUGCAGGAUCUGAAUCCCAGGAUUGUGAUUUACCCAAACCUUUCAAAUGCCUAUGGAAAACUAUUGACCAUGAAUUUAGUUCGAAUGUCAUUCCUCAACAUUUUGGAUAGAGCAGAAGAAUGCAUACUCACAAUUCAUGAGGACAAGAGAAUAAGAAUCUUUGAUUGUAAUGAUGGUCGCUGUGUCGCAAUAUCAGCACAUGAGAGUGCAGGACCUGUACAAUACUGUAUUCCUUUAAGUUCCAAUAAUUGUAGGUUCUUGAUGUUGGGAAUGUAGAAUGGUGUGAGUCUUUUCGAUCUUUGGAAAAUGAGAAGUGUUAAACAAUAUGACUGUAAAUUACGUUCCUCCUGUUAAAUCGAUCCAAAUACUGUGUGCAUAUUGGAUAAGGAUAACUGCUUGCAUCUUAUCAAUUUGUCCCCUCUGAACAACGAAAGAUAUUUGAACUAUAAGUUAUACAAAAAGAAGAGAGAUUCAAUUAAGCAAGAUUUCAAGGAACUUAAAUUAUGUGAUGGAUUGAGGAAACUUAAAAUCGAAGGCCUCUUAAGCAAUCGCAUCAGACACAUGAGUUUUAAUCAGCAAUUUCAGCAUCUGACCAUCUUGAUGCAUCGAUAACUUUACUUGGUUUUUGAGAUCUAUGACACUCCUUGGAUUAUGUGUAUUAGUCAAUCGAAAAACAAUCAAAAGUUUUCUAUGGUUCAUUAUUCAUAAGACCAUCUCUACAUAACUACCAGGAAUGGGAGUGUCCUUGGAUUAGAAUACAAAGAUAUCAUCUAUUUGUUGUCCAUCCUGAAGGAACAAUCUGAUUUUGUCUAUGGCUUUAAAGAGUUUCAGUUUACUAAAAUUGCAGGUUCUCGGUUCAGUAGACUUCAAAUUAAUUUCUAGGAAUUGAUAUCCGGUUCUGAAGUUCAGAAAGAGCUCAACGGUAUUUUCAUAUUAAAUCACCUUGUGUACCAAUAUAAAAAUUAGUGUUUGUGUAAAUACAAUUUGAAGGAUGCGACUUUGGAUAUGUCUUUGAUUCGCAUCGAACAACCUGAUUCAGACAUCAAAUUCAAUGGGUUUUAAUGGUCAUUCAACACAUUUUCUGACUUGAUUAAGAUCGAAACCUUGAGACUAGGAUGCAAACAAAAGGAGGCAUUUGAUUUCACAAAAUCCUACAAUGAGGAUUUGGUUUGGAAUCUAGGUCAAAUGACUUCCUCAUAGUUCAAGACUAAAUAUCUGCCAUAUAUAAAUAUUGAAACAUAAAUCACAAGUGCAUUUAUUAGUGUAAGUGAGGAGAGCCAAAUUUAUUGGUUUGGUUGCAGUAAUAGUACCAUAUUUGGAUUUCCAACUACAUAUAGUAGUAAAUCAUAUUUUAUUUACAGAAUCAAAUUGGAUGAAAAAGCAGUCACAUUUAUAUACUAGAAAGGGAAGUGUCUGAUUGCCAGUUCUGAGAGUGGAUAGUUUAUAAUAUUGGAUUAUAGUUAAGUAUUUAAUGAGAGGAUGGGAGAACAAUAAGUAGAAUUCAUAGAUUUGGAACCAUCGCAGAGGAUUUAUUUCCCAAGUUAUGCAAAGAAAACAAUAAGAAUUCAUAAAUUGGAGAAUGAAUCAUAUGAAGAAGUUUAAACAACUAAUUAGUCAUAAAAAUUCUAAAAGAUUGCCAUUUUGAUGGAGAAUAAUGUUAUUCUAAUUAUAAAUUUACAAGAUGGAGGAGUGUAAUUGAAAUUGCAUGGGAUAAAUCAAUAGGUUUUGGGGUUGUAUUAUGAGGAUCAAGGAGAUUAGUGGUUUGUGGUAGUUUAAGGAGGGGAGUCUUUGGUAUUUGAUUACAAGGGGAGAUAUUUGAGAACAUUGAUGAUAGAAUAGUACCAUUCACUAUUUCAAGUGGAAAAGAAGUUGAAUAAAGUUAAAGAAAAGAUGAUUAGCCAUCAUCAUUUAAGUGAGUUCAAGAAAGAAUUCAAUAAAUCAAUCAGUAAAGUGUAUCAAUUUUUGGAGUUUCAAUAACGGAAUAAUUACAUUAAGAUGCAGUCUCCUUAUCCUAGUUUGUAUGAAGUAGGAGGCUAAUUUAAACAGUGGUAAUUCGAGGCUGAAUAAGCAGCGAAGAUGCUGUAUUUGAUAGAUCACAAUUCAGUUAAAAACAACAUGAGGAUGUGUAAGUUUGUAGAAACCAGUAUAGGGGAAUUGGAGUGGUGGGACCUGAAGAAAUCAGGAGAUAACCAUAAUUAGAAUAGAUUAUUUUUAAUCUUGCAUCCUUGGGAGGCUGAUGCUCAAUUAAGUACAUAGUUAGACUAGAUAUUGAACUAUUAGAAACCGACAUUCUCUCCUUUGAUUGGAGUGCAAUCAAUGGGUUAUUGUGUUAGUUUUGCAUUGUCUCGUGGCUGGGAUGUGUCACCUCAUUUCACUACAUAAAGAGCGAUGUCAUUGAUGCAUUUCUAUCUGUCUUGUUUAUCCAAGGAGGCUUAAGUAUUCAAUUAAUUGAUGAUACAAACUGUUGAGUUGCUGACAAAGAAAAAACAAUCGCUGGAUGUAAAUUUUAAGCCCUUGGAUUUAUUUCUGUUAGCCUAAUACACAAUAGAUGAAUCCAAUGAAGUCAUGAAUGCCGCAUGUAAUUUAAUACUUUCAUAAAUUAGAAAGUCUGAUUAAGAUAUGCAUGAAUAGCAUAAAUUAAUUAGAGAGCUGCUAGAUCUAAAUAAGGAGCAGCAAGGACAUACUUUUUCAAAUGUGGAGGUAAUCCUUCUUAUUUUAGAAUCCUAUUUAACAGGGAUGUGUUAGACUCUCGCAUAAAGUGAAGAUUAAAAACGAAGAGUGAUUUAAGGAUUACAUCUCAAAAAUUGUAUUGUAAAUCCUCACCUUUGUGCACCUCUUCUAAAGGUAUUUGUUGAUGUUUAACAGCAUUUUCGAAAUUCUUAUAAUCCAUCUGAUAUUUUCAAAAAUCUAUUCUUCAUCUUUUUUCAUUACAAUACUGUGAUAGAUUACUCAGAGAUUCUCACUUAAGGUGGUCAACAAAUGCAGUUGAUUAACUUAUUAAAAGAAAUUAGUAAGUAGUCAGAAGAAAUGAAAAAAAGAAUGAGACAACUCACUGCCAAAAGUAUCAUUUAAGUUGCCAUUGCAGCUCCUUUAGAAUUUACCAAGAUCUUGAACAAGGAUAUUGUGAAUUUAGAAACACAUUUUUUGUAUCCUUCCUCCAUCAUUGAAAUCAUAAGAUACUACAUUAAAUCCUAACAUAAUAACAUCCACAAACUAUUACCAUCCCUUAUGGAUAUCAUUCUAAAAAGUCUUGAUCCAAACAAUCCCAAUCUGCGGAAAGUGUGUCAUAGAUCUGCUACUUAUGCCUUGCAAACUAUUUGCAAAACCUUUAAGUGUGUUUGUUUCCAUCAACAAACUUAAAAGAUCGCAAUUGGAGAUACUCAAAUUAUUAUCUACGACUUGAGAACUGCUGUUAAAUGGAGAGUCUUGGAUGGACACAGUGGUUAAGUUAAUUGUCUGGAAUUCGACCAUACAGGUAAACAGUUGGCAAGUUUUAGUGAUGCUGAUUGGAAGGUCAAAAUUUGGAAGGUUGGAUCAACAGGAUUCUUCGGAGCCAUCAUCGGUAUACAAGGGAAAGCAGCUAAAGAUACUUCUGUUAAGUAUUAGCCUUUAAAUCAUCCCUAAAUGUAAUGGUCGCAAGACGAUAGUAAAGUCUACUUAAUGUCAAAUGGACAAUCAAUUGUAUAACUUCAGGUAUGA